GCUAUAACUACUCCUGCCAUGGCAGUCAGUCACAUUAUGCUGGAAUCUUACAAAAAGUAUAUCCUAGUUUCAUUGAUACUCCUCGGCAAAGUGCAACAGCUUCCGAAGUACACCUCCCAGAUAGUGGGUCGAUUCAUUAAGCCACUUAGCAAUGCCUACCACGAAUUAGCGCAAGUGUAUGCCACCAAUAAGCCGUCGGAGCUGCGGAACCUGGUGAACAAGCAUAGCGAGAUGUUCAACCGGGAUAACAACAUGGGGCUGGUGAAGCAGUGCUUAUCGUCUCUCUAUAAGAAGAACAUUCAGAGGUUAACUAAGGUAAGGCGGCUGCUUCUGGGGUUUUGGCACCAUUGCAGUUCAGAGGGG